AUGCCGCGACGGUCCGAGGAACUUCAGCAGGUGAUUAAGGAGGUGACAUCACAGUUGGGGGAAGACGAAGAGGGGGGAGAUCGUGUCGCGCGAAGUGCAGAUAGCGACGAGGAGGCCCGCGGAGGGGGACAGGAGGAGGGGAGUGACGGGGGAAGCGCGGAAGUGACUGCGGAGAUGAAUGCGGUGACGAAUGCGGAGAGGGAUGAUGAAGAGACGCCUCCACGGGCGCGAGAAAGCGCGACAGAGGAAGGGGAAGGCGGAGGAGAAUCUGCGGAGGGCGCGGAACGCGCGGAAGGCGGAGAGUUAGCGGGCGACGCGGAGGAGAAGCGAGAGAAAAUCGCUGCUGCUGCUACGGAGGAGGAGGAGGAAGAGAAGGCUGAGGUUGGGGAAGAGAAGCGCGGAAAUGUAGUUCCCCCUGCGGACGACGACGAAGUGGCGGAGCGGAAGGCGGAAAAGGCGGACGCGGCGGAAGACGAUGCCGGCGAGGGGGAGACUGCUAGGGGGGCGGAGGGAGAGGAGGAGGGGGAGACUGCGGAGAAGGCGGAUAGGCAGAGGAAGGAGAGGAGUGAGGAUGGUGACGAGGGAGAGGGGGAAACGGAGGGGGACGAUGAAGGGGACGGCGAGGGGCAGCGCGUGAAGAAAGAGAGCGAGGCGAUUCCGGAGGCAGACGAUGGCCCGCGCGCGGAAAAGCAGGAGGAUGACGUGGAAGGAGGGGAUGAUGACGUGUCGAAGCGGACUCGCGGAAGGGGAAAGGAGCGCGAGGAGGCGGAGGGUGGUGAUUUGCUUGUGAAAUCUGAGGGGAAGCGGGGGAAUAGGGGGGGAGAUGCGGAGGAAGGGGGAGCUGACGAAGGGGGGGAAGAGGAGGAGGGGAAGAGGAUGAAGCGUGAUGAUGGGGACGAGGAGAGCGAGAGUGGGGAGAGGGAGAAGAGAGUGAGGGAGGAGGAAGGAGGGGAGGAGGACGGAGAAGGGAGUGAGAAGGGAGGGGAAAAGGAGGAAGGGGUUGGGGAGGAGGGUGAGGGGAGAAAGAGGAGGAGCGAUGAGGAGGAUGAGAGUGAGGAGGGGAGGGCGGGGAAGGAGGGAGGUGGGGACAAUGAGGGGAGCAAAGCGAGUGAGGAGGGAGAGGAGGAGGAUCUACCGCGCUCGAAGGCAGCACAUGAGGAGGAGGAUCUACCGCGCUCGAAGGCAGCACAUGAGGAGGAGGAUCUACCGCGCUCGAAGGCAGCACAUGAGGAGGAGGAUCUACCGCGCUCGAAGGCAGCACAUGAGGAGGAGGAUCUACCGCGCUCGAAGGCAGCACAUGAGGAGGAGGGGGAGGAGGGGAUUAGGGUGCGAGAGAAGAAGGUUGAGGAGGAGGGCGAGGGGGAGGGAGAGGGUGACAGGGAGGGAGGCGAGGAGGAGGAAGCGGGUGUGAGGAAGAAGGGGAAGGAGAAGAAGAAAAAGAGCAAGAAGGAGAAGAGGAAGAAGAAGAAGAAGAAGGGGCGGAAGGAGAGGCUUGUGGAGGGUGGGGAGGAGCUUGGGGAGAAGGAGAGGAUAGAGGGGAAGAGGGAGGAGGAGGAUGGCGGUGGGAGCGGUGGUGGGGUCGCAGAGGCGAAUGACAUGGAGCGAUCGGAGGAGAUCGAUGACGAGAAUCAGGUGCAGCGCGAGGAGCGGGCAGAAGCAGCGGAGCGAGAUGGAAAGUCCGAUGCUGCGGACGCUGCCAACACAGCCGAUGCUGGCAGGGCAGGUGAGGGAGGAGCGGCAGGAGGAGCAGGAGGAGCAGGAGGAGCAGGUGCAGCAGGGAUGGAGGAGGAGAUGGAGGGAGCAGCAGUGACGCCGGGGCAAGACGAGGUGAUUCCCGGAUCAGGUGCGACUGACCGCACCCGCACCACCACCAGUGGGCCCGGUACAGAUGGAGGUUCGGAGGGAGGCUCGGAGCCGAUUACCGGGGCAGGGGUGGGCGGUGACGUGUUCGGGCGGGCGGGGGAAGGCGGCACCGGCGCGGGGGAGGGGAGCAUGGGCGCGGGGGAAGGGGGCGGCAUGGGUGUGCCAGAGGGGGGGAGCAUGGGGGGGGGCAUGGGGGGGGGAAUGGGGGGAGUGGUGAGUGAAGAGGAAAUGGAGAUUCUGAAGCAUCUGCAGGAGGACGUGGCAGUGAGAAUGAGUGAGGAGGAGCAGAUGGAGCUGGAGGCAGGCGCCGUGGCGGACGCUGAUGCUCACUCGUCGUACAUGCAGGAGGUCAUGGGGCUCAGGCGCAACUUCAAACCGACUCUUAUGGGAAUGAAGGACAAGGCCAGCAAGCACGUCCUCCCCCACAUAUCCCAGAUCGCCCGCACGUCCCGCCUGGCCUUCCUCAAGACCAGCUCGCACCUGACCUCCCAGAUCACCCCCUACUUCGGCUCCUCCUCCCCGCUCCUCGCCACGCUCCUCUCCUACCUCCUCCUCCUGCUCCCUCUCGCGCUCGUCAUCGGUCUCUUCAUUCGCAUGCGCGCUGCCCUCUCCCUCCGCCGCAUCGUGCACCUCGCGAACCUCUACCUGUUCCUGUACUGCUUUGUACUCCUUGUGGCGUGCUUCGUUAUAAGUGCGGAGCCGAUGGCGAGUCUUAAGAAGGUCGCAGAGCAUAACUACUUUGUGCUGCAGCUGCUGCAAGGAGCUGGCUACCUCUGCUACCUCGCUCUGCAGGGUCUGUCUCUCUGUGUCACCAUUCGCUCGUCAGAGAGAGGGCAGGGCAAGUUCAUUCGCCUGCGAGCUGUGCUGCAGCUGCUGGUGGCACUGGGGGUGGGACUACACGCCUACAUCACUAUCUUUGAACGCGCCAUGCUCGACCUCCCGCCCAAUGCCUCUGCUGCCGCGUAUGCGGCUUAUGCCGCGUGUUUCUUCUUCCUUGUGCUUAUAUCGAGGGGCCCCAAGCGGCACGAGGAUAAGGACAAGUAG